AAGCCCGCAGGGUGCGAAAAGCUGCACAACAGUGCUGUCCGCCGUUCGCUGGUCGCUGGUCGCUGGUGGCUGCUGGCUCCUCGCCGACCAGGAUGUUCCAGUUAAGUGUUAGGCUGCUGCUGCUGGGUGGGACCCCCUGGACGCCCCCAGCUCCAUCAUGACUUGGUGGGCAUCCAAACCAGCUUAGUUAGUUCCCCUCUUUUUCUCUCCAGGCUACUGCAGCCUUCAAACACCAAUGCCAUUCCCGAUCAGGCACCCUCCUCUGCCCAUCUUUUGGGCCAUGCCCUUCGACCUCCACGCUUCCCAAUAUGCAUUACAUUUUCUUUAUCUACUAGAAGGGCGAAUCCUCCCAUCAUCAGCCCUGGACCUUCACACACACACACACACCUCUUUCCCCCCUCCUCAGAAGACAGCUUUUAUGAAUCAUUACGAACCCGUCUUGAACCUGGAUCGCUUCUCAGCCUCUUGCACACCCUCUUAUAUUCACAGAUACAUCAGCCGUCAGCCGCGUCUGAGGAUGAGAUACAAGUCUGCCUGCGUGACCAUUCAUUGACACCCACCACUGCCACACGGCUACAACCACCACAUUGGUCAGCCUGUGGCCUUGCGAUACCCUCCUGCCAGGAAAUAUAAAUCGUCACCCACCAGCCGUUCGCGGACGAAUCUCUCUCCCUCAGCCCUUCUAGUCACUUGAACCCUACCAUCUCUCCUUCCACAGGUUGUACAACAGAACAACAGCAACAUGGAUUUCCUUCUCGGAGACUUCUGCCUGUCCUGCGAUCGUCAAACCAACGGCACAAACUUCUGCUCCUCGGCAUGUCGUCUCACACAACUCGAUCACUAUACCCUGGCGUCGUCGACGCCAUCCUCCUCUCCCCGUGACACAAGUAUCACCACUUUCUUCUCGUCACAACGCCCUUCAUUGAGCAUCACCACCACCGGCCUCUACCUACCACCAGCCUACGACUUCUCCAUUCACCGGACGUCGUCAUCGAACUCGCUCUCCACGUCGGUGAUCUCUCGCCCCAUCAGUCCCAAGCUGUCCGAACAAGCCCAGAAUGAUCUGAAAGAUUAUGCUGGAUCGUUCGAUCAAACAAGGACCUUGAAAAGACGAGUGUCAAUGCAAAGCAACGAAGAUAUGAAAGCCUCUUGGAGAGGGCCAUGAACCAGCAUUUUCCAUCUGGCUGCUACGAAGGACUACGGGAAUAUGAGGUUUGACGAUGAGGGGGACACUCACGUUGGGUGCUUUUCCGAGAGAAACAGAUGAUCAAUACCAGCUUUAAUCUCAUUGUGUUUUAUGCAUAGCCUGGAGGACAUGGGACAAAAAGUUCACUGCAUUUACAUUGGCGUUGGGAUUGACUAUUACGAAAAUGAAGGGGAUUUGGGCAAAACAUGGAGCGGUUGCAAGCGUUUCUGGUCCUUGUGAGGGUUCAAGAGCAGCGCAUGCGUAUGGUGUUCUUCUGCUGUCGACGAUGGGCUCUUUUGCUGGUGUUUGGUUCAGUGUUCUGCAUCAAGCAUCUAGAUUGGGCUGGGGGCGGAUUGGGAAACAAGAUGCUGGGAUUGAGUCGAGUUGAUGCUCUUGGGUUGUUGCUGUGAUAUUGAGAUGUUUACAUUAUGCAACGCGAGCUGCAAAGCCUUGAUGGUUGGUCGUGAUGGGAUGAUGCAAGGGUAGACAGAUGGAUGGAACCAGACAUCGAGGGGAACUCCUUCUCUUCUUUUCCUUAUCUUCGACGGCUUUUGGCAGAAACGUUGAUGGAUCAGGAGCACAGCACUCGCCUCCUCAUUGCUUUUCCUUUGUCAUCAUUACUCUGUUCAUCAAACAAAACAGGCAAGGCCUCUACUAUAGCAUGAUCAUACGGGGACCCUGAGGAGUCACUGAGCUCAGCGACCCGAAGACAGAAAAGGAGAUAACGGGACAAUCAUUGAUCAGGGCAGGGCUUCUGUCCUGUGCCCUCCCAUGUACUCCGUACUCUGUACCUUGUUCACUAGUCUC